UUCUUCUUCAUUCCCUCUCUUAAAUAUCCAGAUUUAAAUAUCAGCGGUAAUUCCCUCGCUCCAUCAAAUUCUUCAAGCUAACUAAUGGAAAACUCAUCAAUAGAGUUGGAUCCAUCUCUCAAACUUGCUAUAGCAAUGGCCCUAGCUCAUUCCCGGCGCCGACAGGGACUUCUUCCCUCCGCCACUACUACAUCUUCUCACCACGACGAUUCUCGAGCGAAAUCCGGUGACAAUUCCGAGGCUGAUGCGAUCAAAUGGAAAAAUAAGGCCAAACAGAGGAAAGGAGAAAUUCUUAAGCUGAAAGAAGAUCUGAAGAUUGCGGAAGAAGGGAUGCAACAUGAUCUAUUUCCCCAAAACAUUUCGUGCAAAUGCUAUUUCUAUGAUAACUUGGGGCAGCUAAGUCCUAGUCACGGAUCCUACCAGGACAGAAUUAAUGAUGUGUUUCACCGUCGAUUUCUCAGACAAGUGAGAUUAGCUGAGAGGAAGAAGAGAAGACAUAAUGGCUUGUUGCUGCAAUCUUAUAUAUCAGACAGGGCUGUUGAAAAUGAAUUGGAGCAAUUGAAAGCUUCAGUUGAUUUUCUCGUGGAGCUUUGUGAGACUUCCUCUGCUACCGGAGCAGAGGAAUCUAAUUUCAAAAAUUGGUCGCACCAGGCUGCUGACUUUAUUCUUGCUGCAUUGAAGGAUUUGUCACUUGGUGAAAAGUUGGAUGAAACCACGAAAAGCAUUGUGAGUUGUUUGAUCAUGCGGCUGAUGCAAAUGAUGUGUAAGGGAUCACAAAAUGAUGAAUCAGUUCCCUAUAGUUUCAGGAUCUAUAUUCAACAUUUGAUGCGAAAACUUGGAAGCGACCCCUAUAUCGGUCAACACAUUGUUCUUGCAGUUUCUCAGAGGAUUUCUAUGGCUGCGGAAACUUUACUCUUUAUGGAUCCAUUUGACAAUGCCUUUCCGAAAAUGCAUAGUUCCAUUUAUCUACUGAUUCAGCUAAUCGAGUUUCUGAUUUCAGACUACUUACUCUCUUGGUCAAUCAGGAGAGACUUGGAUUCAAAGCUUCUGGAAGACUGGGUGAUAUCUGUUUUUCGUGCUGGAAAAGCUUUGGAGCUCUUGGAGAAUAGGAAUGCAGUAUACAUACUUUACAUGGAUCGUGUGACCGGAGAGCUGACCAGACUUCUUGGUCGGGAUCCCUUUCCCCAGAUGCUCAAACCAGACACUCUUGGUAUAUUGUUUGGUUGACGAGAGCAAAGAGGCAUUGCCGCUGCUGCUGAGGUCGAGGAAGAUGGUUGUUGUAAACAAGAGGAGGGUCCGCGCCACCCUCCCACGUGGUGGCGCCCGUGGAAGUUCCUCGUUUCGCGCUAGCCCGUCUUUUCUGCUUCAAAUUUGUUUUGUUCUCGUUUUCUCUAUGUUUUUUGCUCUCUUCUCUUUAUAGGAAGAUACUGGUUGUGACAUAUAUAUGGAUCUUGAAUUCUCGUUGA